CUGGAGUCACUAAUAGCCUCUAUAUCGUCACUGUGGGACGCAAUGAACGCAGACAUAGAGCUGUACCUGUCCCAAAAAAUGGCAAACACAAAAGCGUCGGAAAUCAACGGAAAAAAGGGAGAAGCACAGGAGGAGAAGGAAGAAAAAGGAAUGUUCUGGGAAAAGAUGCUUACCACAAAGUUCCCGUACGUCGCACCAAACGGAGGAGAAGGAGAAGUGGACCUGGACGAGUUCGUGUACAUGUUCGACAACGACCAGUUCCUCUUCCCAGACGAUUUCUACGACGAGGCGGAGUGGGAAAAGGUGAAGGAGGAGUACAUAGAGUCGAACAUGGGAGUGUUCCAGUGCAAAAAGGAGGCGCUGGUGAGGUCAGUGAGGAGAGCACGCACGGACAGUAACAUCGACGAGUCGGGGUUGGUGAAGGCGCUCAAAUACAACUGCCACCACUACGGGAAAAUGUUUUUCAUGAUUUACGACAAGUACAAGUCGCUGAAGGCGACACACAACAGCCUGAAGACAGAAGUGUCGAGACUGAAUAAGCAGAACGCGUUCCUGAAGUUUGAACUUAGAGCGCAGAGCCCGGAGGACGCGAAGAAGGACCUGGAAACGGCGUCCUCGUCUACGGAGUCGGACGCGGAGCAGGUGAAGGUGGUGGAAAACCUGGAGGAGGUCACGGAGGAGAUGAUACUGGGCUCAUCGCUGUACAACAGACUCUUCAACUACGCGAAGAACAUGGACAAGGAGAUGGCGCGCCUCGAGGCGGAAAACUCAGAGCUGAGAACCAAAAUAUCGCAUUUGAUGGAGGGGCCGGGGGAAGAGUACUCAGCCGUGAAGACGGAGUUUGACAAAAUGUCCGAGGAGCUGAGGACGAAGGUGACCGCGUUCGAGACCGACUACCAGGAGACGGUGCGGGAGGCGGCGACGCUGAGGGAAAAGUACAGGUUCGUCGACCAGGAGCUUGAAAGGUACAAGGACGAGAACGCGAAGCUGUCGGAGGAGCUGAACCGGCGUGAGAUGAAGAUAUCGAAGCUGCUCCAGCACAACGCCUCGAUUUGCAAGGCGGUGGCGAGCGAUAACGCGUCCGACCGCAGCACCCCCGGGGAGGGAGGAAGCAGCCUGUCGCGCAAAUCCGAGGGAAGUAAAGGGGCCUCUCCAGGGGACGGAGACGGAGGCGGCAGUCAGCCAGUUCCGCCCAGCGCGAGUGCUCCAAGUGUCGCCAGUGCCACCAGUGCUUCUGCUGCGACUAGUUCUGCUAGUUCGGCUAGCGUGUCGAGCGGAUCCGCCAGCCCAGCUUCAGCCAAGGACGCCGAGUUCUACAAGGAGCAGCUGCUGAACAUAAGCGAGGAGCUGGAGGAGGUGAGCAUGGCCUUCGAAAAGAAGCAGAGGAUGUGCGACGAGCUCAUGCGCCAGCUCAACGAAAUGGAGUCGACGCGCGAGAGGCUGGCGAGGACGGAGAGCGCCUACGCGAGUCUGAAGGAAAGGUUCGACAAACUCGUGACGGUGACCAACAGCAAAGUGUCCGCGCACGCCGCCAAGAGCGAGUCGCUGGAGAAGAUCGUCGACGGCUACCGAGACGCGUGGACGCACGCGCACAAGAGGGCCAAGUAUAUGCAGCACCAGCGCGACGUGGCGGUCUCGGCGGUCUGCGAGCUGCAGGCGCAGUACCGCAGGAGCUGCCGUGCGCAGAAGUCGCUGCAGGACUACGUCGCGGCCAUGAGGACCGGCGCGGCGCGGACGCCGAGCAUGGACGCGAGCCUCGGCGACGUCGAGAACCUGAUUGCGCAGGAGAACGCGGUGCUCCGCCGGCGCAUGACCUGCUCAGUCUGCUCCGAGAACUUCCGCGACCACGUGAUCGCCAAGUGCGGCCACGUCUUCUGCGGCGUGUGCCUGAGCAACAGCAUCCGCUCGCGCAACCGCAAGUGCCCGCAGUGCAAGAUCACCUUCGACCGGAACGACACGCAGAGGAUCUUCUUGGACUGA